CGUCUCGGUCGCGUCUUCUCCAAAUUCUCAAGUUCGGACAAAUUGACCACCACCACCACCACCUCAGAGGAUUCGGACAAUUUCGACAAUUCCAAGUCUUCACGACACCAAUCGCACAAUUCGAGUACACGAGCUUAUCCACCAUGGCAGAAGCAGCCGUUCAGGAGUUGAACGAACGGUUCGCCCUGGGCGACAAGCCCCUCGAGCCCGACAUGCUGGCUGAGCUGCAGUCCAUAAUGCGCAUGCAUUCGCUCUCGGCACAGGACUUGUUCUUCAAGUGGGAGUCGUACUGCAUCAAGAUGGACAUGGAAGAAAUGCAGUUGUCGGUCGACACCCUGCGCAAUCUGAAACGGGACAUCCAGGAUGCCUUGGAGCGCGAGAACCGAAAUCAUCAUGCAUAUAUCAAAACGGAGAAGCGGAGUGGCGCAACACCGCGGACCACAGUCAAGAACAGCGGGGAUGUGUUCGGAAUGCUGGACGGACUCUCCACGCCGGCAGCAGGAAAACUGAACCGCAACGCGGCAGCGAAGAAGAAGUUCGAAACGCCAUCCGUGGCGAGGGUCAAAGGCGGGAUACCGAGCUCACCAGACUACAAGUCGCCGACGGCGGUGGAUAGGCAAAUAGACUCCAUGAACGCCAUGACAAUAACUACGUUCAACGAUCGACAGAAACCAGGGGAGGUGAUUGAGGUCCUUAAUGAUCACCUCAAGCCCACUGCACCGCCCAUUGCACCUUACGGAGAGCCUCGCAUCAAAUUGACUGCAGUAUCCGAUCAAAAGAAGUUGGGAUACAAGCCACUGGCCAUGAAGUCCUCAGAAGCGUCAGAGAUUUUGGAUGACCGGAUAGACGAGUUCCUCACCCUGGUGAAGGAGUACCACAAACUAGAUGACGCGGUUUUCGGCAGUGCUGCAAGUCAAAGCACUGCUGAAAUCUACUCAGUUGGCAGGAUAGCCUCCGACUCGGCCGAAGGCAAGCUAAAUACUGCAUCCCUUGUGCUGGAGACGUCAAGGAGGACAGGAGGCGGUCUAAGAAUACCCCUGAACGUGCAAAAGCUCAAAGGGUUCAACUUUGUCCCGGGGCAAAUCGUCGCAUUCAAGGGCAUCAACACAUCAGGACUUGAGUUUAUCGCGCACGAAUUCCUCGACAUCCCCUUACUGCCCAAUGCCGCAUCCUCAACCGUCGCCAUCGAAGCCCACCGAGAGAAACUCCGCGGCGGCCCGGAAGCCAUGGACUCGGACGACGAGCCCGCUCCCCUAAACAUCAUCUUUGGCUCCGGGCCCUACUCCGCAGACGACAACCUCGAUUUCGAGCCCCUGCACGCGCUUUGCAGCCACGCGGCAGACACUUACGCCGACGCGCUCGUCCUAUGCGGGCCCUUCAUCGACGUCGACCACCCCUUAAUCGCAUCGGGCGACUUUGACCUCCCCUCAGACGCCAACAUCGACCCGGAUACGGCCACCAUGUCUACCCACGUUUCCUGGCCGCAGGACCCGUUCCCGCGGAAAGACCUCGGCCUGCCCAAGUCAGCGCGCAUCAUCGGCAACCCCAUGACAUUGUCUCUCAACGAGAUGCUGCGGCACGAGGAGCUCAUCGGGGGCAGGCCGACCGAUGCGCAAUUGUUAUCUAGGCUGCCGAGGUAUCUGAUCGAGCAGCGGCAUUACUUCCCUGUCUACCCGCCUGUGGACCGAACCAAGUUGCCAAAAACCGGCACGGCGAGCGGGCUGCCGACGGGCGCGAUGCUCGAUACGAGUUACCUGCGUCUGGGGGAUAUGGUGAAUGUGAGGCCCGAUGUGUUGGUUGUGCCGAGUGCUUUGCCGCCGUUUGCCAAGGUUGUCGAAAGUGUACUCGUCAUCAACCCGGGUUACCUGUCUAAACGAAAGGGUGCGGGCACAUACGCCCGUAUGACUUUGUAUCCUCCCAACUUGAGUCCAGAGGAGCAGAGCAGUGGAGGGAUGGUCAGUCACAAGAUAUUUGAUAGGGCGAGAGUCGAAAUCACGAGAAUUUGAGAACGCAUAGGGUUCGUCGGGUUCAAGGAGUUCGUCUACUAUAAGUGGAAUGGACCAAUGGGUUGAAGGGAUUCCCCCAAAAUUCAGGAUUGAUUGUAUAAUUGAGUAGUGAAUGGGUAGGUAGCCCGCAUGAAUUGAUGA